UUUCAAAUAUUUACAUUAACGUUAAAUAAUGACCUAACAAUGUUUUCAAUCUGAAUUGCUUAACCUAGUUUUUUAGAUCAUAAUACUAAAAAAGAAGAAAAUGUACUUGUUCAUUUAUCUAUUAUCCCACGCUAAGGCAAGGUUAUAUUUUUUUAUAAACAUACAAAUAAUUUCGAAUUGGAUAUAAUCCAUAAUGGAAACCGAGCAAAAGAUUGUUAAAGAAGAAAUUGAUACUCACAAUGAUUUGGAUCGGAAUAUAUAUAUUAAACAAGAAUUGAGUUACGAAGAACCUAUAACAACUAUUCAAAAUAUAAAUCCUAUUAAACAAGAAAUUAACGAGGAUUUCGAUACAAUUCCCACGUUUGAAGAGUGUAUGCUUACAGUUAAAACAGAAAGGGACAUAUUUGAUAAUAUUGAUACAUGUACAAAUAAUAUAAACUUAUUCAAAUACUCAAAAGUAAAAUGUGAAAGGAAAAAGAAAUCUAAAGAUAAAUUAAAAAGUGAAAAACAUGUGAAAUUUUAUACUUUUGCUGGAAUUAUAACUUGUGAAUUUUGUGGAAAUUUAUACACCAAACGUAAAGAAUUCCUUUCUCACUUUACUACAAAUCAUUUUAUGAAACAGAAGAAAUUUCAACGAAAAAAAAUAAAUUGCAUAAAAAGUGAAAAAAAUUAUCAUAUCAUUCCUAGAAAUCAAGAUGGAGAUGUGAAAAAUGAAAUUGAUAUACUUGAACAUGAUUUGAAACCGGAAUUGAAAAAUGAAAGUCGGAAAAUUCAAUAUUUCCAUAAACGAAAAAGAGAAAAAAAAUUCAAAUGCAACAUUUGUUUGAAAAAGUUUCGUCAAAAAAUAAGUUUAAACAUACACAUGCGUAUCCACACAGGAGAAAAGCCAUACAAAUGUGAUUUUUGUUCAAAAACGUUUGCUCAGAAAAAUAAUUUGAAUACACAUCUGUUGAAUCACACCGGCGAAAAACCAUUCAAAUGCAAAAUUUGUUCAAAGACUUUUCCAUUGAAAAUGAGUUUCAACAUACAUAUGCGUAUACAUACUGGAGAAAAGCCGUUCAAAUGUGAUAUUUGUUCGAAAACAUUUGCUCAGAAAAAUAAUUUAAACACACAUUUAAAUAGUCAUAUAGGGGAAAAACCAUUCAAAUGUUGUAUUUGUAAGAAAUCUUUCAAACAGAAAAGUUGUUUAAGAAAACAUUUGCAUAUUCACACAGGUGAAAAGCCAUUCAAAUGCGACGUUUGUUUGAAAGAUUUUUCAAGGAAAAUCAGUUUAAACAGACAUAUGCGUAUCCACACUGGGGAAAAACCAUUCAAAUGUGAUGUAUGUAUGAAACGUUUUUCACAGAAAUGCGAUUUGAAUAAGCAUUUUUAUGUACACACAGGAGAAAAACCAUACAAAUGUCACAUUUGCUUGAAAGCUUUCUCACAAAAAAAUACUUUAACAUUACAUUCGCAAAUUCAUACAGAAGGAAAUAGACACAAAUGCGACAUUUGUUUGAAAACUUUUCCUCUGAAAAUGAGUUUGAACAGACAUAUUCGUAUCCAUACAGGUGAAAAACCAUUCGAAUGUGACAUUUGUUUAAAAUGUUUUUCACAAAAAUGCGAUUUAAAUAAACAUCUUCUCAUUCACACUGGAGAAAAACCAUACAAAUGUGAAAUUUGUGAGAAAACUUUUUCUCAAAAAAGCAAUUUGAAUAUACACACGCAAAUUCAUACAGAUGAAAAGCGAUAUAAAUGCGACAUUUGUUUCAAAACUUUCCCCCUGAAAUCAACUUUUGAUACACAUUUGCGCAUUCACACUGGAGAUAUGCCAUUCAAAUGCGAAAUCUGUUUAAAAAGUUUUUUACAGAAAGAAAGUUUGAAUAUACAUACAUUCAGUCACACUGGGGAGAAACCAUUCAAAUGUGAUGUUUGUUUGAAAACAUUCACACAGAAAAGAUCAUUAACAAAACAUUCAUAUAUACACACAGGUGAUAAGCCGUUCAAAUGCGACAUUUGUUUAAAAACUUAUUCGUGGAAGAGAAGUUUAAAUAGACAUAUGAGAAAUCAUACAGGUGAAAAUCCAUUUCAAUGUGACACUUUUUCACAGAAAAACAAUUCAAAUGCACAUUUGGGUUAUUUUGAUAAAUUUAACACAAAUUAACAUCCGUUUAUACAAGAACAUUCAAUUAAUACCUCAUAAUAUUAGAUUUAUUAUUUAUUUCUUAUGUUAUGUAACUUACAGCUGCUAUAACAUUAUCAAAAAUAAAUCUUUAUGGAUCUUU